AUGGCUCCCCGCGGGUCGCUGCUGCUGCUGGCGCUGCUGGUGCUGAGCUGUGCCCUGCCCCGCGCCCCCGCCCAGCACUGGUCCCACGGCUGGUACCCGGGGGGCAAGCGGGACCUCCGGAGCCCCCCGAACCUCCAGGUCCCGGCCCCUCUCGGGCGCUGCCGCCCUCCCCCGUGUCCCCCCCGUCGGGAGGAGCCGCUGCCGGGGCCCGCGCUGCUGGGGGGGUCUAUGUGCCGUGGGGAUAACGAGUGUCCCGUGGGAGAUGUCGUGUCCUGUGGGGAUGCUCCGUCGUGGGGAGGGUGGUGGGGCUGGCUCUGCUGUGGGGCAGGUCUGGGAGAACCCCCAGUACUCCCAGCCGCGGGCAGGGGCUCAGUGCCCUCCCCUCCUCCCUGCAGGGCUGAGUUCAGGGCCGAGGUGCUGCAGAAGAAGCGGGAGGAGCGUCUGGGCGGGGAGAACUCCGCGGAGCUGCUGGAGGAGCACCGGCGCCUGAUGGCCUGGAAUGACGAGGAGAACGCCCGGCAGCGGGCAUGCAGAGAGGAGAGACUCAGGAAAGAAGCGGAGGAAGAGAAGAGGAGGAAGUUGGAGGUCGCGGAGAAGCAGGCCAGGAAAAUGGAGGCUUUCAUGAAGGAGAAGGAGAAGGAGGUUCUCCAGCUGCAGGAGGAAGCCAAAAGCUUCAUCACCCCCGAGAACCUGGACGCGCGGAUCGAGGAGUGCCUGGACAACCCGCGCAACUACAACUUCGCCAUCGACAAGGACGGGCGGGUCGUCAAGCGCACGGUGCUGUCGUAGCACCCCCAGGAUGGGGCUCCUGGCCUGCUUUGUGCCCAGAGCCUCCCCCCCAGAAGACCUGGAGUCCUUCUUUUUAAUGUAUAAAUUGACCACGGAAGUGGUGGAGAAAGGCUGCGGGGUCUGGCUGUGCUGCUUCCGAAGGGUGAACGCCGGUGGGAAGGGGGGUGAGGGGGAAACUUGGGCUUGUUGGAGGCUCCAGCUGCCUGGCCCAGCCCUGUGUGGCUGUUGCUGUGCCUGUGAUUCCACCUCCCACGUGUUUGGAUCCCUCCUGCCUUCACACACAGCGUGUGGGGAGAGAAACAGCAGCAGUCAGGAGGCAGAUCUUGGCUCUCAGCUCCGUGCUGUCAGCCCCUCUGGAUGCUUCCGAAGGGAAAUGAGGGCUGAAUGGAUUUUUAGGAAACAUUGGCCCUCUUGUUUUUUUGUUGUUGGGUGAAAGAAUUAAUUGUUCCUCCUCAUUUAUGCUGGGCUAGAGGGACCUGUCAUCCCUGGUCACACUUUGAACCCUCCUUUGCCCAUCCCUUGGUGUGGCUGAAUGAGAAAAUAUGUCUGGAUGAUCUGGAA